CCUCGGGGAGAGGCGCGCCCUUGUUUCCUGCUGCUGUUGUCGAGCGAGCAAGACGCAGAUUUCUCUUUCCUGAAAGUAGCAAGCGGGUGAUCGCCUGAAACAAAGUCGCAGCCAUGCGGGAGAUCGUGCACAUGCAAGCCGGCCAGUGCGGGAAUCAGAUUGGAGCCAAGUUCUGGGAGGUCAUCAGCGAUGAGCAUGGCAUUGACCCGACAGGCAGCUACCAUGGAGACAGCGACCUGCAGCUUGAGAGGAUCAGCGUCUACUACAAUGAAGCUGCUGGCAACAAGUAUGUCCCCCGUGCCAUCCUUGUGGACUUGGAGCCUGGCACAAUGGAUUCUGUCCGGUCUGGACCAUUCGGCCAGAUCUUUCGGCCUGACAAUUUUGUCUUUGGCCAGAGCGGUGCUGGGAACAACUGGGCCAAGGGCCACUACACAGAGGGAGCUGAGCUGGUGGACUCUGUGCUGGAUGUGGUAAGGAAGGAGUCUGAGAACUGCGACUGCCUGCAGGGCUUCCAGUUGACCCAUUCCCUGGGCGGUGGCACAGGCUCCGGACUGGGGACACUCCUCAUCAGCAAGAUUCGGGAGGAGUAUCCCGACCGGAUCAUGAAUACGUUCAGCGUGAUGCCGUCCCCUAAGGUGUCAGACACGGUGGUGGAGCCCUACAAUGCCACGCUGUCCGUCCACCAGCUAGUGGAGAACACGGAUGAAACCUUCUGUAUUGACAAUGAAGCCUUGUACGAUAUCUGCUUCCGCACACUCAAACUCACAACUCCGACAUACGGGGACCUCAACCACUUGGUGUCGGCCACCAUGAGCGGUGUCACCACCUGCCUGCGCUUCCCUGGCCAACUGAAUGCCGACCUCCGCAAGCUGGCGGUCAACAUGGUGCCAUUCCCUCGCCUGCACUUCUUCAUGCCGGGCUUUGCUCCCCUCACGAGCCGCGGAAGCCAGCAGUACCGGGCCGUGUCGGUGCCAGAGCUGACCCAACAAUUGUUUGAUUCGAAGAACAUGAUGGCGGCCUGCGACCCGCGCCACGGGCGCUACCUGACGGUGGCGGCCAUUUUCCGGGGCAGAAUGUCCAUGAAGGAAGUGGACGAGCAGAUGCUCAACGUCCAGAACAAGAACAGCAGCUAUUUUGUGGAGUGGAUCCCCAACAACGUCAAGACGGCCGUGUGCGACAUCCCUCCGCGAGGCCUCAAGAUGUCCGCCACCUUCAUUGGCAACAGCACGGCCAUCCAGGAGCUCUUCAAGAGGAUCUCUGAGCAGUUCACAGCCAUGUUCCGCCGCAAGGCCUUCCUGCACUGGUACACCGGAGAGGGCAUGGAUGAGAUGGAGUUCACCGAGGCCGAGAGCAACAUGAAUGACCUGGUCUCCGAAUACCAGCAAUAUCAAGACGCCACAGCGGAUGAGCAGGGAGAGUUUGAAGAGGAAGGCGAGGAAGACGAGGCUUAGGAUUGUGGGGGUUUCGUGCAGUGGGGCAAGUGUUAUGGGGCAGUGUUUGUUCAACUCUAGUGCUGCAUGCUUUUUCAGUUCAACUUGGUGCUUUUACUGUUGAUUUCCCUCAUUGCCCAAACCAUUUGAUUUGGAAGCACUUCUAUAGGUCAUGAGAACAUUUCACCAUAAUAAUGAAAAGUGGGUGCUAUGAAGAUCUCCACCCUUUAAAUUGGGGCUGAAAGUGAACUUAUUAAAUUUUACCCUUAAGAAUAUACUUCCUUCCUUGUUAAGACUACUGUUGUCCUUCAGCUAUAUGUGUAAAACUAUUGAUAACGCAAUUGUACUGCAGCCGUUUUAUAAAAAUUAUAAAUUUAUAAAAAUUUAUAAUUUUUAUACAUUUCUGCAGAGCUUACUUUUAUCGUAGUUUAUCUGAAAUAAAGACUUGUCUGCUGCUCCAUAGACAGGAAAGCUAA